AUGGCGCUGGAACCCGGGGCGCCGUACCCUCCUCAAUUUUUUUUUUUUUGCCAACAUCAUGGGGUAGGUGGGUGGACCUCUGAAGUGAAUCACGGCGCGCCUUUGGCAAUGAGGGCUGUCCAAUCGCGGCGCCCAGUUUGCGCAUUUCACCCAUUCAGGAAAGCCAAACAUACUUCACACAUUGUUUUGGUGGGGCGGGCGGCGGGGUCCCAACAAACCAAAAAUACCUAUGAGGCAAUAUGUUCUUUUUGUACUUGCUUUUCCUUUUCUGCAUUUCCCAUGGAUUUCCUUUUCACACCACACAUGGCAGCAGUGGCGGAACGCCUUAACACCACCAUAGCAGAAUUUGCCUUUAUCAUAGGGGAAGGACUCACCCUCAUGUUUUUUUUGUCCAUGGCGUGGGUCACCAAGUAA